AUGAUCAUCUUCUUUCUGCUGGCUCUGGGCGCUGCGUCUCCCUCACCAGAUCAUGAAGUCCAGCUGCAGCGGGGCAACUGUCCUAUGUUUUGGUACAGCUUUCAAGACCGCUGCUACAAGUACGUGGCCUCAUACAUGACCUGGGCAGAUGCAGAGCUACACUGUGUGGCACAGGGAGCCAACCUGGUGUCUGUUCACAGUCUGGAAGAGCACAGCUUUAUCAACUCCUUAAUCCAUAACUUUGACCCCGCUCGAAAGCACACCUGGAACGGACUCAGCGACAUUGCUAAAGAAGGAGCCUGGAUGUGGUCCGAUGGGUCUCAAGUCAACUUUCUGCUUUGGAACGAGGGAGAGCCAAACAAUGGCGGAGGAGCAGGCUUUGUGGAGCACUGUGGGCACACCAACGCUGGCAUCGACUUCAUGUGGAAUGAUGCUGGAUGCGGGUACCCUGUACCCUGCCACCCUGGACAGUCCGGCCCUGGUCCCCAGUGA